AUGGGUACGACAGCCAGCGCGGCGCAGCAGGCAGUCUCGGCAUCCCCCCCGGAGAGCGGGGCACCGGGCGACGGCAGCAUGGAGGACCAGCGCUCCCUCAGCAUCCACUCCUUCCAAACCCUGGGGCUCCACAACAGCAAGGCCAAGUCCAUCAUCACCAACAAAGUGGCGCCCGUGGUCAUCACGUACAACUGCAGGGAGGAGUUUCAGAUCCACGAUGACCUGCUGAAGGCCAACUACACGGUGGGACGCAUUUCCGAGGCCACGUUGGAACACUACCUUGUGCAGGGGAAAUAUUUCAUGGUCAGGGAUGUAUACGGCAAAUUAGACGUCUUGAACACUACCGGCAGCUGUGGCGCUCCCAAUUUCCGACAAGCUAAAGGAGGUUACGCCGUGUUCGGCAUGGGGCAACCCAGCCUCAACGGCUUCAAGCUCGUGCUGCAGAAGCUGCAGAGAGAGGGCCACAAGGAGUGCGUCUUCUUCUGCAUCCGCGAGGAGCCCGUGGUCUUCCUGCGGAUGGAGGGGGACUUUGUGUCCUACACCCCACGGGGCAAGGAGAACCUUCAUGAGAACCUCCAGUGCCUCCAGCGGGGGCUGCGGGCAGAGAGCCUGGAGCUGGCCAUCCGCAAGGAGAUCCAUGACUUCGCGCAGCUGAGUGAGAACGUCUACUAUGUCUACAACGACAUCGAGCGCUUGAGGGAUGAGCCCCACACUGUGCGGGUGCAGUGUGAGGAGGACAUCCAGGUGACAGAGGAGGUCUACCGCAGACCCGUCUUCCUCCUGCCCUCCUACAGGUACCACCGGCUGCCCCUGCCCGCCGAGGGAGCCCCUUUGGAGGAGCAGUUCGACGCUUUCAUCCACUUCCUCAGGGAGACCCCCAGCCUUCUGCUGCGGGACCCCGGCAGACCCCCACCGGCACUGCUCUUCGGCUGGCAGACCGGCGUGGGCAGGACCAACCUGGCCAUGGCCAUGGGCACACUCAUCCUCCACCACCACCGAGGAGCCACCCAGAAGCCCGACCUCCCCCACCCGCCUAAAACACCUCCCAGGGACAGGCUACGGGUCAUCCAGACCUUCAUCGAGAUGGUUCCCAAAGGCCAGCAGAUAGUCGAGGAGGUGGAUGGUGCCAUCGCCUCCUGCUCGGAGAUGCACGACAUGAAGGAAGCCAUCUACGAGUACAAGAAGAAGCUGGAAGGCAUCGGGGAGGACUAUCAGAUCCAGGGCAGCAGCACCAAAGAGUAUUUCCUGCAGAGGACUUUGCAGAGCCUCGAGCGCUACUUCUACUUGAUUGCUUUCAACUACUACCUUCACGAGCAGCUCUACCGGCUGCAGGCGGAGAUGAACUCGUCGGAGCUCACCGUCAGCGGGGACCUCAUCACCAAGGGGACGCGAGUGCUGGUGGCGGAUGAGCGCUUCUGCCCGGACGUGCUGAGCACCGCCAAGGAGAUGAGCGUGGCCAACUUCCGACGGGUGCCCAAGAUGCCCGUCUACGGGACGGCGCAGCCCAGCUCCAAGACCCUGGGGAGCGUCCUGCGGUACCUGACAGACGCCAAGAGGAAGCACGCCCGCAUCGUCUGGAUCAGCCUCCGGGAAGAAGUGGUCCUGGAGGGGAACGAGCAGAUUUAUACGUUGCGGGAGCCGGGGCAUUUGGAGGAGCUGAUCCCUGUGCCCACUGCCUCCCCCCAGCAGCUGGAGAAACUAGAGACAACCCUGAAGGGUGACCUGCUGAAGUGCCAGAAGUGGCUGGAGGUGUACCUGGAGGCGGAGAAGCAGAUGAAGAUGUUCAAGAGCUGCCUGACCACACAGGAGAUAUUCAGCCAGCAGAAGAACGCCUGCCAAGGGCUGAGCUACUGCCGCAUCCCCAUCCCAGACUUCUGCGCUCCCAAGGAGAAGGACUUUGACCGGCUGCUGGAGGCGAUGAAGAGCGCCCUGGCUGAGGACUCGCGGGCAGCCUUCGUGUUCAACUGCUCCAGCGGCCGGGGCAGGACCACCACAGCCAUGGUCAUCGCCGUCCUCACCCUCUGGCACUUCAACGGCAUGCCUGAGAUGAGCGAGGAGGAAAUUGUGAGCGUGCCUGACGCCAAGUACACCAAAGGGGAGUUUGAGGUGGUGAUGAAAGUGGUCCAGCUCCUGCCUGAUGGUCACCGGAUGAAGAAGGAGGUGGACAUGGCCCUGGACACUGUCAGUGAGACCAUGACACCCAUGCACUACCACCUCCGAGAAAUCAUCAUCUGUACCUACCGGCAGGGGAGGUCGGGCAAGGAUGAGAAGGAGAUGCGGACGCUGCAGCUGAGGAGCCUGCAGUACCUGGAGCGCUACAUCUACCUGAUCCUCUUCAACGCCUACCUGCAUCUGGAGAAGAAGGACUCCUGGCAGCGGCCCUUCAGCCUCUGGAUGCGUGAGGUGGCAGCGGUGGCCGGGGUCUACGAGAUCCUAAAUCAGCUGGGCUUCCCGGAGCUGGAGAGCCUGGAGGGGAAGCCCCUGUGCACGCUGCGGGGCCGCUGGCAGGCACAAGGGGCCACCUCCCGCCCUUUCCGUGGGGAUUUCGGUGAGGUGAAAACCGGCCGCGGAGCAUCUCUGGACCGUGCCUCGCUGCCACCCGCGCCGGCGCUGCUGCCACGUGCGGUCCAGGUCCGUGCGGGGGAGACGCAUCCCUCCACAGAUAUCCCCCCGUGA